AUGCACAUCAUGAACACACAUCAUUCUUCUCAUAAACACUACUUGCCGAUGAUUUUCCUAAUAGUAAUACUCCUCACCACAUUUUCCAAUUAUGCAAGCCCGGCCCCACUUUACCCGGUCGUGACACCUGUCAUCAUCGACUCCAUCUGCGCCAAAGCCUCGAACCGGACCCUCUGCCGGGCCGUGCUCGGGCCCGCGAUCGGGCGCGGCAUUCUUUUCAACCCGACCCUCGUCUUGUGUGGGCCCCCAAUUCGGAUAGCCCGAUCUAGCGCCAUGCAGGCGCGCGGCCUAGCGUGGAGCCUCGAGAAAAACACGAACACGACCGAACGAGCGCGGAGAAAGUACGGAAUGUGUUUUUUGAGUUAUAAAGGGGUGUUGGAUAAACUCGGUAAGGCCGAAUUGUAUAUGCAUUUAAAAGUGCAGACGAUGACGAAGAACGUUGGGCUUGUAUGGGGCCAUGUGGAGUCGUGUGAUAAGGAGCUCGUGGGCCCGCCUCGCGAUGGGUCGGGUGUUUUGGAAGCUAAUGGUCGGAUUAAGGACCUCUGUAGUAUUGUCCUGGCUGUUUGUGAUUUCCUAAUCAACGGUCGAAAAUGA